CUGCAAAAUUCCACAUACGGCUCCUGAUGUACAGUUUGUGUGAUAUUUAAGGAAUGCCUUACGUUGUUCAUUGUUUCUAUUUGUUCUCCAUUAAAAAAACAAAAAAUCCAUCCUCCGUUCAUGGCGAUCGUUCUCUGCUCGUGACUUUGAAGUUGUACGACGUGUCGCGUCGGACGCAUUCCUUUGUGACAGCGACUUCGACGACGCUGUGUUCUUUCAAGACUGAUGUGAGCAAAGCUCCUUCAUACAUUUGCCGUCCGUGCUUGGAUGAACAUACUUGUUGUUUUCGCCAUCCUCCGCAUCUGGUAGCAGGCCACCUGGUUUACAAAACCAAAAAAAGCCCUUAAAACAACGCAAGAAGGCCGAACAAAAUGGGGAAGAGAGGAAAUAACAGCAAGAAACGCCGACGUACAUCUGCCGAAGGUGGAAAGGGGCCAAAGAGAAAAUUCCCCGUUGACAAAGCGGAAGACGACAAUGCAAAAGAGGAUGGAGGCGUUCCAGCAUGGGACCACCUUCAAGAUGAGCUGAUCCUAAGGAUCUUCUUCCUCCUCCCUUUGCGGGACCUCGUCAGGACAUCGGUCGCUUGCAGACGCUGGCAUCGUUUGGCGUUUGAUGAAUCGCUGUGGCACAGUGUGGACUUGCACGGGGUGAUCAAUACGGGUCUAGCGCUGGAGCAGGUGCUGAAGACGGGUGUGCGCAGGUUAAGCUGCCCUGGCGUGCACAUAGACAACAGAUACUUAAGCAACAUGUGCAGACUGAAGAUUACUGAAAUGGACCUGUCCAUGACCGAAAUCAACACAACCACCCUUGAGAGGAUCAUCGAUUGCUGUACUCGUUUGGAGUGUCUCAGUCUGUCUGGCAUGAACAUCUCCUGUGGAACACUCCUGUUAGUUCUCUCCUCACUGCAUCUAUUUGUAGGCGGCAACAUCUUGCUACAGUUUAUAUUUGAAAGAGAUGCUGUAAGCCUAAAAUGGUUGGAACUCAAAAUUUGCACAUGGCGUCUAAGAGCUCUGUCCUAUAAUCGGCGCCUACGGCAGCUCAACCUGAGUGGAUGCCACGGCUUCUCUGUGUCCGCUCUCACUUACAUGCUCCGAUCUUGCUCCAGGUCCCUUCUUCGUCCGGCUCUCCACCGACCUUCCGCCGCAAGCACAUCAUUACCUUUUUUGUCACCUUCCUGCAGAAUACAACAUUUUAACAUGUCAGGGUGCCACUUCCUCCACUUCAAUGACAUUAUGAAAAGCAUAUUCAAUAAUGUGAGCUCCACUGUUACACACCUCGACGUCAGUGGAGCAUUUUGCUCCGCCUCACUAGAUGAUUUGAAUGCCUUGGUGAAGAGAUGUCCUGAUAUUCGCACGCUACAUUUCAAGGUCGCGGGCGUGCUGGAGCCUAUCCCACCUGUCAUCGGGCAAGAGGCGGGGUACACCCUGAACUGGUUGCCAGCCAAUCGCAGGGCACAUAGAAACUAACAACCAUUCGCACUCACAGUCAUGCCUACGGGCAAUUUAGAGUCUCCAAUUAAUGCAUGUUUUUGGGAUGUGGGAGGAAACCGGAGUGCCCGGAGAAAACCCACGCAGGCACGGGGAGAACAUGCAAACUCCACACAGGCGGGGACGGGGAUUGAACCCCGCACCUCAGAACUGUGAGGCUGACGCUCUAACCAGUCGGCCACCGUGCCGCUGCAAAAAUCCCAAAAUAGCAAAACAAUUUUGUUGGUGGCUUGCCACGCCCUCCCCUCCAGAAGCAUUGGAACAAUGAGAUGUAACUUGUUUUCACAGUCAAAAGACAAAUGGAGACAAGAUGUCAGCAUUUGACUUUCGGCCCGUCCCGUCAGUCGGGGGUCGCCGCGGCGAGUUCCGCGUACGAAAGGCGGCAGCGUGUACCGCUACGCUGCAACCUUUUAGCAUUUGGUUGCAUGUGAUGUAUUUAAAUCUGGAUCUGAGACUGCAGAUUUCAAACUGCUAGCAAGCUGCAGCCUCAUUUUACGAUACCUGACCAAAAGCCACGCCCUUCAGUUGUUUAUAUUGAAGAGCUGUCCCAAUUCUUUAUUUUUUUUUUUUUUCUUUUGCUGUUAACUGAAGGUGAAUAAUCCGGCCAAAUGAAAAAGUCUGCGCCAGGCUGCUGCCGCACCGACAGCGAGGCUGCGACGUCUCACGCCUUCUGUCUCUACAUGCAGCCUAAGUUUGAAAAUAAUAAUUCAUUUAGAGGCAUAACUGAGGGCCAAAGAGGGACAAUUUUUCAAAAGAUCACAUUUUAACAUUCAUCCAUUCUCAACACCGCUUAUCCAGUUCAGAGCCACGGGGCGCUGCAGCCAAUCCCAGCUGACUUUGGGCAAAACUGAACUGGUCGUCAGUCAGUGGCAGGGCGCAUAUAGACACAGACGACCCUUCGCACUCACGGUCACACUGUCACGAGUGGGAACUGAUCCCACGCUGCCCAAAGUGUACCACCACACCAUCAGUGACUUCAGUUUCAAUCAGUCAGAGUCAAAAUCAUCUUUAUUUGCCAAGUAUGUCCAAAAAACACAAGGAAUUUGUCUCCGGUAGUUGGGGCUGCUCUCGUACGACAACAGACAUUGAUAAAAACAGUCACUGAACUUCAAGGAGUGGAUGCAAGUUUAAAGUGACGAGGAGUGCGAUAAUCUGGGACAAUGUCGAUUGUGCAAAUGUUGCAGAUACUCCUCAGUCAGUGUGCAAGUGGUGCAGAUGCUACUCUGGCAUGAGUGGCCAGUAUUGGUCAACAACAGAUAUUCAAAUAGUGGAGCGUGGCGAGACGACUACAGUGAGUGCACGAGUAAAUGUAUCAUUGGCCCGACGGAAAUGUGGCAGACAAAAAAAUUUCCAGCAUGUUGCAAUGGAGUUGUAGGUUUGCUGUUUAAGAAGUUGAUGGCAAGAGGGAAGAAGCUGUUGGAAUGUCUGCUAGUUCUAGUUUGCAUUGAUCGGUAGCGCCUACCUGAGGGAAGGAUCCGGAAGAGCCGGUGACCGGGAUGCGGACGGUCCGAGAGGAUUUUGCACGCUCUUGUCUUAGUUCUGGCAGCGUGCAAGUCAUCAAGGGUGGCUAGGGGGGUACCGACAAUCUUUUCAGCAGUUUUGAUUGUCUGUUGCAGUCGGAGUUUGUCCAUUUUUGUAGCAGCACCAAACCAGGACUGAUUCGAUAACUGCUGUGUAGAACUGCCUCAGCAGCUCCCGUGGCAGGCCGUGCUUUCUCAGAAGCCGCAGGAAGUAGAUCCUCUGCUGGGCCUUUUUGAGGACAGAGUUGAUGUUGAUCGCCCACUUCAGGUCCUGAGAGACUGUAAUUCCCAGGAACUUGAAGGUCUCGACGGUUGACACAAGGCAGCUGGACAGCGUGAGG